AUGGCUAUCCGCAAUAUACCAAUAAACGAAUACGGACACCUGUAUGAUGCCCUACGACGAAACGUAGCCACCCAAGAUUCUGUUAGAGAACAACAAGACCAGCUACGCGAAACGAGACAGCGUCACGACGAAAGUGUGCAAAGUUAUAUCAUCAGGUUCCGCAGAGCACUCAAUAAGCUACAAUACAGUAUAACGAACGAAUACUGUGACGAAAUUACUAGACGAGCUAUGAACGACAGGAUUUUAAGAGACUCCGUAAUCGAUUUUAUUCGAGGCCUGAAAAGCGAAAUAGGACAAUUACUACUCGCCUAUCCACCAUACAAUAUCCUUGAAGUCGUAAAGAAAGCCACCGACAUCGAGCGAUUCUUCAGGGAAGAUCGAAAUCGACGACCAAAACCAAUGGAACGAUUACGACUCCAUGAGCAGCGACGACUAACAACCAAUAAUUCCUAUUCAAUCAUCAGAAAACCAACUCCAACACCCAGUCCAAUGCCAAGAAACUUCCGACAAACUGAACAAAUACCACUUGCCCAAAGGACACAAUUAAAAUGCUUCAAAUGCAAUCAGAUCGGACAUGUCUCCAGUUAA